AUGCAGCCUCCGGAAGGUGUGCAGGUCGAUCUGGGCAAGGCCCAGGUCAUUGACCGUGCCCCAAAAGUUAUCAAGGAAUUGAAAUUUGGUGUUCUGUCAAACGAUGAUAUUGUCAGCCAAGGCGUAGUCGAGGUUUCCGACCGGAAGUUUUUUGACCUCGACCGUGAUAGAUCGGUCGUUGCCCAUGGCCCCCUCGAUUCGCGCAUGGGUGUAUCGAGCAAAACCGCAUCAUGUCAAACGUGCGGCGGUGCCCUUCAAGUUUGUAACGGCCAUUUCGGCCACGUGAAACUCGUCCUGCCCUCGUUCCAUGUAGGGUAUUUCAAACGUGUCAUCACCAUCUUGCAGGAGAUUUGCAAAGAAUGUUCGCACAUUUUGCUCCCGGAAGGAGAACGCCGUGCUUAUCUCCGUGAAAUGAGACGCCCGGGCUUGGAUAAUUUGAGAAGGUUGCAAAUAGCGAAGCGCAUCAACGAGCGAUGCCGUAAGACUCGGAACUGUGAUGUGUGUGGUGCAGUCAACGGUGUAGUCAAGAAGGCUGGAACAAGCGCGCUCAAAAUCACGCACGAUAAAUUCCGUGCCUUCAAUGCCUCUACCUCUAUGAAGAAAAUUCCCCCACCUAGCAAGAUUGUUUUCGACCGAUCGUUCGAGGAAGCUAGGAGCCAUAAUGCGGAAGUUGAAAAACAUUACAAAAAAGCGCAGGAUGAUAUGAAUGCUUUGCGUGUUCUAAACCUCUUCAAGAGAAUUUCCGAUACCGACUGUGAACUAUUGGGAUUGGACCCAAAGGAAGCCAGACCCGAAAUGUUUCUCUGGCAGUAUAUUCCUGCGCCCCCUGUGUGUAUCCGUCCUUCUGUAGGCCAGGACGCAUCCUCCACCGAGGACGAUCUAACUGCCAAGUUGGGUGACAUUGUCCAGAGUAACAUCAAUCUUAAGAACGCAUUGCUCAAGGGUGCUCCCGUUCAGACUAUCAUGGAAUGCUGGGACUACAUGCAGCUUCAGAUUGCAGUCUAUAUCAAUAGUGACGUUCCUGGCUUGAACAAGGCAGACUUGGGAAAGCCCAUACGAGGUUUCGUGCAACGACUGAAAGGAAAACAGGGUCGAUUCCGUGGUAAUUUAUCUGGAAAGCGUGUCGAUUUCUCUGGCCGAACUGUCAUUUCGCCUGAUCCAAAUUUGCGAGUCGAUGAAGUCGCUGUUCCCGAACUAGUGGCGAAGAAUAUGACUUAUCCUGAGGUGGUCACACGGUACAACAAGGAGAAGCUGCAGCAGCGAGUUCGGAACGGAACCAAAAAGUGGCCAGGAGCAAACUACCUUGUCAAAAAGGGCUCCACCUUCAAGACUUUCCUCAAGUACGGUAGUCUCAACAUGAUUGCCGAUCAGCUGCAGGAGGGAGACGUUGUCGAACGCCAUAUUGAGGACGGUGACAUCGUGCUUUUCAACCGCCAGCCCUCUCUCCACAAGCUCAGUAUUCUUUCCCAUUUUGCCAAGGUCCGCCCUCACAGAACUUUCCGGUUGAACGAGUGUGUCUGUAACCCAUACAAUGCCGAUUUCGACGGAGACGAGAUGAAUUUGCACGUACCUCAGACUGAAGAAGCGAGAGCCGAAGCUAUGGAGUUGAUGGGCGUCAAGAACAACUUGGCAACGCCCAAGAACGGUGAACCCAUUAUUUCUGCCAUCCAAGAUUUCAUCAGUGCUGCAUACAUCUUGAGCAGUAAGGAUAACUUCUUCGAUCGCCGCUCGUUCACGCAAGUAUGCCUUUACAUGCUUGGCCCGGAAACUCGUUUCGACCUUCCCCCACCCGCAGUGCUCAAGCCACAGAUGCUUUGGACUGGAAAGCAGGUUUUCAAUAUUCUCAUGCGUCCCAACAAGGACGACCCUGUGAUGGUCAACUUGGAUGCUGCAUGCAGAGAAUACAAGCCCCCCAAGGAUGGCCGCCCGAAAGAUCUGGACCCGAAAGACGGAUGGCUUGUCAUUCGUAAUUCGGAGGUCAUGUGUGGUGUGAUGGACAAAGCUACUAUUGGUUCAGGAAAGAAGGACAAUGUCUUUUAUGUCAUGCUGAGAGAUUUCGGCCCUCCAGCAGCAGCAGAGGGCAUGAAUCGCUUGUCGAGGUUAUCCGCGCGUUGGUUCACGAACAUGGGUUUCUCCAUCGGUAUCACAGACGUCUACCCAAGCGAGAAGCUGCUACAGUCGAAGCACGACUUGGUCGAGACAGCAUAUGCUCAAUGUGACCAGGUAAUUGCCCAGUAUAAGGCGGGUACCCUGGAGACGUUCCCUGGAUGUGACGAGUUGCAAACUAUGGAGAAUAAGAUUUCCGGUAUUCUCAGUAAGGUCCGACAGCAGGCCGGUGACGAAUGUAUCGCCCAGCUCAGCAAGUACAAUUCUCCUUUGAUCAUGGCUACGUCUGGAUCCAAGGGUUCAAGUAUCAACGUGUCUCAGAUGGUUGCUCUCGUCGGUCAGCAGAUUAUUGGUGGUCAGCGUGUGCAGGACGGUUUCCAAGAUAGAACACUGCCUCAUUUCCCGAAGAAUGCUCGCCAACCGCCUUCGAAGGGUUUCGUGCGCAAUAGUUUCUUCUCUGGGUUAGAGCCUUAUGAGUUCAUUUUCCACGCCAUGUCCGGUCGUGAAGGUCUGGUCGAUACGGCUGUCAAAACCGCCGAGACUGGUUACAUGUCGCGUCGUUUGAUGAAGUCCUUGGAAGAUCUCUCUUCGCGGUACGAUGAUACUGUGCGGAACUCUUCCGGUCAUAUCGUUCAGUUCCAGUAUGGUGAUGACAAGCUGGACCCCGUGGAUAUGGAGGGCAAGGCUAAGCCUGUUCAUUUCGAUCGGACGUUCAUUCACUCUGAAGCGACCACCUAUGAUAAUGACGAGCGCAGUUUGCAGCCUGCAGAGAUCAUGGAAGUGUGUGAGGAGAUGCUCUCAAAGGAGCGUGCUAAAUUGGUCCGGAAAGACUUGCUCGAGGUGGAACUUGGCUACAUGGACAGGUCUAACCACGGCGUUGACCAAUUCGAAAGUGCACGCGACUUCCUCGAGUCUAUUCAGCAAUAUGUUUCCGGAAAAGCAGACAAACUGAUCUCCCGAGGCGGUGAUAUUGAUCCUUCGGAUGAAAGGAGUAAGCAGGGCUUGAAUCAUACAGGCAAGUUGACCGAGACGACGCUCAGGACCUUCAUCUCUGCAUGUUUGAUGAAGUAUAAGAAGGCCCAAGUUGAACCCGGUCACGCCGUGGGUGCUGUUGGUGCGCAAUCUAUUGGUGAACCCGGUACACAGAUGACGCUGAAGACUUUCCAUUUUGCUGGUGUCGCGGGUAUGAGUAUCACUCAGGGUGUUCCUCGUAUUAAGGAAAUCAUCAACGCCUCGAAGGAAAUCAGUACGCCGGUCGUGUCCUGUGAACUGGUAACCAAGGACAAUGUCAUUGCGGCUCGGAUUGUGAAGGGACGUAUUGAGAAGACAUAUCUCAGGGAUAUCACCCACUAUGUCCGAGAGACCUGGACUGGCAAAGAGGCAUACAUCACGGUCAAGAUUAAUUGGAAGACCAUCCAAGACCUGGCACUCGAAUUGAAGAUCCAGGAUAUCCUCGCUGCCAUCAAGAGCCACAGACGCUUCAAGUCCGAUGACCUGAAGUUCCGUUGCCAGCGGUCACAUAUCCAUAUCCAUAUGGAUGUAGAUCCUGCUAGCAAGCUCGGCCUUUCGAAGACGGAAAUUGCCGCGACGAGUGCCGAUCCUUUCCUGCGUUUGAAGCAUCUCAAGCGUCUACUUCCCGACAUCCAGGUUCUUGGUCACCCUCAAGCCUACCGUGCGAUCAUUCGGACGGAUGACACGUCGACUACCAACACCCUUCUUGUCGAAGGUUAUGGUCUUCGGGCAUGUAUGAACACGAUUGGUGUUGACGGCCUUCACACGUCUACCAAUAACGUGAUGGAAAUGCGCGAGGUCCUUGGUAUUGAAGCCGCCCGGACGACCAUUGUUCGUGAAAUCAGUGAGGUGAUGAAGGACAUGGACAUUGAUCCUCGACACAUGCAGCUUCUCGCUGAUGUCAUGACCUACAAGGGUGAAGUCCUGGGUAUUACCCGGUUCGGUCUUGCUAAGAUGCGUGACUCUGUCCUUCAACUGGCCUCCUUCGAGAAGACCGCGGACCAUCUGUUCGACGCCGGUGGAGCAGGCCGUACCGACCUCGUUGAGGGUGUGUCGGAGUGUAUUAUCAUGGGCAAAACCGUGUCUCUAGGAACCGGUGCCAUGGAAGUGGUCCGUCGGAUGAAUUUCUUCGAAGGCCAGAUCGGAGCCAGGAAGACCACAUUUGAAGACACCUGGAACAACGUCUGCGAAGCCCCUCUCAAAUCGAAGAAGAGAGCUCGGACGUGA